UGCACUCUGGCUGUCGUGUGGUGUGGUGUCGUCCGCGUCUCCUCCUCCUCGUAGUAUUGAACUUCACACUUACAAGAUGGGCCGUCAAAAGAAGCCGUUCGUAUUCACCCCCACGCAGCGCCGGGGGCCCAUAGCCGCAGAGUUCUCAACCCCGGGCCCCGCUGUCAUUAAACUGCCGUCAACUUUCGGGACGAACGGGACGAUCGUGAAGGCGCGGUCCCCGGCGUUCACGCUGUCCUCGCGCUACGGGGACGACAAGCCCAGCGCCGUCCCCGGCCCCGGCACCUACACCGUCGCCGGCGUCACCAAGACCGGUAAAGUGGAAGUAAUAGCCCCCUCCAUGCACAUCAAGCCCAAAGACCCCAAGCCCUUCCAGACCCCAGCCCCUGGGGCCUACAGCCCCGAGAAGGGGGAGGAGUUGGUCAUGGAGGCCGCCCCAAAAUUCUCUUUUGGGUCCAAAAUUGAUACUUCGAAGCCCAACGGAGUCCCAGCCCCGAACAGCUACGUGAUCCCCAGCCUCCUGGGCCCCGUGGUGGAGGGAAGUAAGGCCUCCUCCCCAGCCUUCACCAUCGCGGGGCGCGCCCGUGACAUCGAGGAUAAGAUGAAGAUCCCGGGUCCCGGGACCUACAACAGCGCUGACGUCGACGUUUACAAAGCCGAACAAAGUCCCGCUUUUUCCAUGGGCCAACGAACCAUCAUCCCGGGGGACCACACCCAGAAGCCCGGGCCCAAUGUCUACACCCCAGAAAAGUGCAUGGUAGACAGAGGACCUCAGUUCACAAUAUCCCCACGCAUCAAGGAUCCCCAGGAUUUCAAUAUCCCUGGCCCCGGCACCUAUGAAUCUGGCAACAUCGAUGUCCUCAAACCCAAACUCCCAGUUUUCACAAUGGGGGCCAAGAUCGAGGAGAAGGACAAGAAGAACGUCCCUGGUCCUGGGACAUACGAAGCUGGUAAUAUCGAUGCCUAUAAGGAAAAACUUCCAGUUUUCACAAUGGGGGCCAAGAUCGAAGAAAAAGACAAGAAUAAUGUCCCUGGUCCUGGGACAUACGAAGCUGGUAAUAUCGAUGCCAUUAAGGAAAAACUUCCAGUUUUCACAAUGGGGGCCAAGAUCGAGGAAAAAGACAAGAAGAACGUCCCUGCCCCAGGGACUUAUAACGUUGUCGAUGUUGACGCAUACAGAGCGAAGUUACCGCAGUAUUCAAUGGGCGUUAAGAUCGAAGAGAAAUUGAAGAACGAUGUACCAGCUCCCAACGCUUACAACGUCCCCGACGCCGACGUCUACCGUGAACAACUACCAGCGUUUACCAUGAGUCCGAGGAUCGAAGUUGUGGAUAAAAACAAAGUUCCAGGACCAGGUACAUACGAGGCUGCAAAUAUCGAUGUCUGCCGUGAGAAACUUCCCGUUUUCACAAUGGGUGCGAAGAUAGAAAUUGUGGAUAAGAAGAACGUGCCUGCGCCCGGAACGUAUAACGCCAUCGACUUGGAUAUGUGCAAGACUAAGUUCCCUGUCUUUACGAUGGCUCCUAAGACAGAAAUUCCUGGAGACAAGACACCUAAGCCAGCACCGAACGCUUACAAUCCCGAUAAGUCGAACGUGUUGCCCCAGCUGCCCGAGUACAGCUUCGGCAUCAAGCACUCGCCGUACGCUGGACAGCUCCGCGACCUGUGAACCCGAUGCUUCUUCGUCCACGGAACAGCCUUUGAUUUUUCUGCCGUAAUAUGAGGGAGGAAAUUCAUAAGGAAGACUUUCGUGGACGAAGCACGACGCAUGAAAUACGGUGCAUGGUGGACGACGCAUGAUGGACGACGCAUGGUGGAUGACGACGCAUGAUGGACGCCGUCCUCGUUGCCGCCCUCGAUUUUAGUUUUAAUUUUUAGCGGCAAAAUUUAUUACAGUUAUUGGUUAUCAAAAUCGAAUUCAAUAAUACUCGUUUUAAUAACUCACGCUUGCUUUUCUUGCCUUCGACAAAAAUAUUUCCAGGACGAUUAUUCGGCCUGUGAACUUCGUGCUUAAUGCUAUUAUAUUGAUUUUUUUCACUAGAAAUUUGUAUACGAUUAUUUGUCAAAUUCUAUCGUGAAUUAGUAGGCUCUUCUAAUUUAAACUUUAGCUUAGUUAGGUCUGGAUGGAGUUGAUUCUUCGCAAUGCCAAUUAUUUCAAUUAAUCUAACGCCAAGAGUACAUUAGGCGUCGGUUUUGUGAGAUUGAGAGGGUGUCAUUUUUGCGAAAUUUUUUUCCUGUGAUCGUAAGUCCUGCGAUCACUGCAAAUUAAUAGUGAAUUUUGAAUCUGGACUCCAAUUAUUGGACUUACAAUGGAGUUUUUUUUAAGUAUCUGCUGCCAUGUCUUUGCCUUAUUAUAAAUAAGUAAUAAAUAACAUACUGUAUCUAGUGCCGCAAAUCCAUAAAAAAGAACGAAAAUGAAAAAAACGCACUUUCUAAAAAAAUCACUUCUUCUAGACAUGUUAAGAGAAAUGUUUUUUUUUUUGACCUCGCGAGCUUAACUUUAUAGUUCCUUCCUAACACUAACUCACCCUCGCCUUGACUGUGAUCACUCACCUGCAACUCGCCUCCUACUCACCAUUUUUUGCUUUCUUAUUCACCAUCAAAGAAAGAAAAUCAUAUUUUUUUGUGUGGGAGGUAUGAGUUCUCCCUUGAGAAAAUUCAAUUAACAUUUUUUUCAUUCAUCAAUGGAAAUAAAUUUGAUCCAUGCACUUUACUUUUUGGGUGUUUCACAUAUGAGAACAUAACUAAUUUCUCAUUAUUGAUUUGUGUUGUUCUCAAUUAAGCGACAUUUUAAAUUACCAUGUUUCAAAAACACAAACUUAUUGUUAAAAUCAACAUUUGUGCUAACUUAAAUUUUUGUCGUUGUGAUUCAGGAAAGCAAAAAAUUGAGCGAACUUGAAUUGCCAUCAAAAAUCAUCGAAUAAACACGAAACUUUAACACUAAAUUCUCUAUGUUACCAUGAGUUGUUUUUGUGCUUCACAUUUUUCGUAGCUUGUUUCAACCUUCCUUAUAUCUGCAUUAUUCCUUCACAUGUAACCAUUGCUUGCAUCCCGCUGUGAUUAUAACAUUACAAAUAUCUAUUCUGAGCUAUUUCUUUCUUAUAUUAUAUUAUUUCUAUAAUAAUAUUAUAUUGUAUUUUUCUUGUGUACUCGGUAACCAUUCAGAAACUUUGUAUUAUGUCUAUUGUAUACUGGAUAGAGUUGCACAAAUUCUGUAUCUUCCUAUAGCUUUCCACGACUGUCUGAAUCACUGUACUGCUAUUUAAAAAUGUCAUAUAUAAUUAUAAUAAAUUGGUUUUUGAAAA